AUCUACUCUACUUGGCAAACUUUUUUGCUUUCCAGAAAGUAGAAAGUAUGGAAUCAAUCGGAGUCCUUAUGAUGUGCCCUAUGUCCUCCUACCUCGAGAACGAGCUUCAGAAGCGCUUCAACCUUAUUCGCUUUUGGAAUUUCCAGGAGAAAUCCGUCUUUCUGGAAACCCAUCGGAACUCAAUCGGCGCCGUCGUUGGAAACGCUUCUACAGGCGCUGACGCUGAGCUCAUCAAUGAUCUCCCCAAGCUUGAGAUCAUCUCCAGCUUCAGCGUCGGCAUCGAUAAGAUCGAUUUGGGGAAAUGCAAGGAAAAAGGGAUCCGAGUCACCAACACUCCGGACGUUCUCACCGAAGACGUGGCAGAUGUCGCGAUUAGCCUAAUACUGACUCUCCUCCGACGCUUAUGUGAGUGCGAUCGCUAUGUGAGGAGCGGUAAAUGGAAGUAUGGAGAUUUUCAACUCACUACUAAGUUUAGUGGCAAAUCACUAGGCAUCCUCGGUCUAGGUAGAAUUGGGACUGCCAUCGCCAAGAGGGCUGAAGCCUUUAGCUGCCCAGUCAGUUACUACUCUAGAAGAGUGAAGCCUGAUUUAGGCUACAAGUAUUAUCCAACGGUGGUUGAGCUUGCUCAAAACUCAGACAUCCUCGUCGUGGCCUGCCCAUUGACUGACGAAACCAGACACAUUGUGAAUCGGAAUGUCAUGGAUGCAUUAGGAGCAAAGGGUGUGCUGAUAAACAUAGGGCGUGGGCCACAUGUUGAUGAGCAAGAGCUAGUAAAUGCUCUAACAGAAGGCCGCCUAGGUGGGGCUGCGCUGGACGUGUUUGAGCAGGAGCCACACGUGCCCGAGGAGCUCUUUGGGCUUCAAAAUGUGGUUUUGCUUCCCCACGUUGGGAGUGGCACUGUAGAGACAGAGAAUGCCAUGGCAGAUCUUGUGGUGGCUAACUUGGAAGCGCACUUUGCUGGGGAAUCACUUCUGACUCCGGUGGUCUGAGAGUAAAUGGCUUCUUCUAUUAUAUGUCGAUAAACUAGUGAUGGAAAGUGUCAAUUUCUCUUCCAUACAAGUUGCAUUGUCGUAUAUAAGGUAUGGAUUUAGUAACUAAAACACUACUACUCUCUGUUUCAAGUCUGUUUGUCUGUCUUUUCGCCAAAGUAUUGGAGUAGCAUACAAGUGUGAGGUGUA